AUGCAGUCAUUAUUCAGAGCUCAGUUAGUAUUGUGGCUAUUUAUAGCCACAGCGUGGGCUAGGAAUUUUCAAGGAGGUAAGACAAUUGACUGGGGUACCCAAAAUGUUGGUUAUGGAGAUGUGCAUAUAUUUCCAGGAGCAAUUUGGUCCAUCAUCAACAACGCUGCAUCAGAUUUCCACGGAAACAUUCAGGUUGAUGAAAAUGGUGGCCUCUACGUAUCAGCGGUUUCACCUAGUAUUACUUUGUCUGCUACCUUGUACGAUUCAAUCUAUGGUUUUGUCAACAAUGGUGUUGUCUCAUUCAAUGCUAUCAAAGGUGCUUCAGGCUACAUUUUCAAAAUCAUGGGUAACAAGUUUGAAAACAACGGUGAUUUGUUUUUUGCUGCUUCGGGUCAAGGUUCCAUGGAAAGUUGGAUCAAGGCACCUGAUUUCCACAAUAAUGGAUUAAUGCACUUUUAUCAACUGAUGAAGAGUGACAGCUAUACCUACUUGGGUUAUGACGGAAAGACAAUGGUUAACAAUGGUCAAAUCUGUUUCACCAACCAAAAUUGGAAACAACUCACUGGUAUGUUGGGAUCAGGUUGUGUCACUGCUCAAGGUAAAUCGUCAUUCUACUUUAUGAAUACCAAUUUGCAAAUAUCUGAAGGCGAAAUUUUCUAUUUGUCUAAUGGUGAAACGUCCAUUAUGGCUGUGGGCUCAAUUAACAACCCGCAAACAUUCCACGUCAGGGGCUUUGGUACUGACAAGAAUGGCGUCGCCAACAAACUUGGAUUAACAGCAACUUUAUCAACCCCUACACCAGGAAAGAAUCCAUGGGCUUACAAUGCCAGAGAUGGUAUUUUGACAUUGUAUGUUGGGUUGUAUACCCAAAACUUUGAAAUUGGUACAGGCUAUGACUUUACAAAGUUCCAAAUCGUCAGUGAUACAAGUAGGGGAUUACCAGGAAUAUACAAUGGUGCAGUACAAUACAAUGGUCCACCACCAAAUCCAGGCAUGCCAUCAGAGUGUAAACCAUGCAAGUCCGUACCAGGAAUUCCAGGUGUCGAUCCCGACGAAAGGGCUGAAACCCUGCUCUUGUCUACAAAUCAAGAAACAGAGACUUCAUCAACCCCGACCUCGACGCAGCCUUCUGUAGAGACCUUGGACAACACAUCAACGUCCCCUGAGUACUAUCUGACCACAACGGUUACAGACAUUUUCACCACGACGGAAACAACUGUACUUACAACCACUUGGCUCGUAACCAAAUCAGAUGGGUCGGUUGAAACUGAAACCGGCGUUGUGACACAAUCGGGAGACUCGUCAAGCACAAUCACCACAUUUGAAACACCAUCGGACACCUUGUCGUACGACUCUACUACAACGGUGACAGACACGUUCACCACGACAGAGACAACGGUAUUUACCACGACUUGGAUUGUUACAAAGUCCGACGGGUCUGUUGAGACUGAAACUGGUAUUAUUACUCAAUCAGGAAGUUCGUCAAGCACGAUCACAACAUUUGAACCAUCUGAAACAGGAGCUUCAUCAAGUGCUACAGAUACUGGAUUGUUGCCUAAUUCCAGUGAGACUGGCGCUGGAUCGGUUUCUCCACCUGAAUCGUCUGAUACCUUGUCGUACGACUCUACUACAACGGUGACAGACACGUUCACCACGACAGAGACAACGGUGUUUACCACGACUUGGAUUGUUACAAAAACAGAUGGUUCGGUUGAGACUGAAACUGGUAUUAUUACUCAAUCAGGAAGUUCGUCAAGCACGAUCACCACAUUUGAACCAUCUGAAACAGAAAUUUCAUCUACUGUUACUGGAUUCAGCAGCGAGACCGGUUUGGGUUCUGGAAGUGCAACAAGUACUGAGCCUUUGACUAACUCUGAUGAAACUAAGAUUAGUUCGGGUAGUACUUCAGAAGUCUCAAGUAAUGCUGCAUCUGAGUCAUCGGGAGAACCAACUGGAGAGCCAACCGGAGAACCAAGCGGUAGUGGAUCUGAAUCUACCGGAGAGCCAACCGGAGAACCAACCGGAGAACCAAGCGGUAGUGGAUCUGAAUCUACCGGAGAACCAACUGGAGAACCAAGUGGUAGUGGAUCUGCAUCUACCGGAGAACCAACCGGAGAACCAAGUGGUAGUGGAUCUGAAUCUACCGGAGAACCAACUGGAGAACCAACCGGAGAACCAAGCGGUAGUGGAUCUGAAUCUACUGGAGAACCAACUGGAGAACCAACUGGAGAACCAACCGGAGAACCAAGCGGUAGUGGAUCUGAAUCUACUGGAGUACCAACUGGAGAACCAAGCGGUAGUGGAUCUGAAUCUACUGGAGAACCAACUGGAGAACCAACUGGAGAAUCUACUGGAGAACCAACUGGAGAACCAACCGGAGAACCAACCGGAGAACCAACCGGAGAACCAACCGGAGAACCAACCGGCAGUGCAUCUGAGUCUACUGGCGGUGCCUCUGGGAGUGGACAACCAACUGGAGAACCAACCGGAGAACCAAGCGGUAGUGGAUCUGCAUCUACCGGAGAACCAACUGGAGAACCAAGCGGUAGUGGAUCUGAAUCUACCGGAGAACCAACUGGACAACCAACCGGCAGUGCAUCUGAGUCUACUGGUGGUGCCUCUGAACCAACUGGAGAACCAACUGGAGAGCCAACUGGACAACCAACUGGACAACCAACAGGACAACCUACUGGACAACCUACUGGACAACCAACAGGACAACCAACUGGACAACCAACUGGACAACCAACAGGACAACCAACUGGACAACCAACUGGACAACCAACUGGACAACCAACAGGACAACCAACUGGAGAACCAACUGGACAACCAACAGGACAACCAACAGGACAACCAACAGGACAACCAACAGGACAACCAACAGGACAACCAACAGGACAACCAACUGGACAACCAACUGGACAACCAACUGGACAACCAACUGGACAACCAACUGGACAACCAACUGGACAACCAACAGGACAACCUACUGGACAACCUACUGGACAACCUACUGGACAACCUACUGGACAACCAACUGGAAGUAAAGGAUUGUCUUCGAGUGGCAAUGAAUCAACCUCAUCUGGUGUUGAAAGUGCAACUACUGGAAGUGAUUCUGGAUUAGGAUCGACGACGGAGUCGCCCGGUAGCCACGAAUCUGGCUCUGGUAACACAGGAGCUGGAGAUAAUGGAUCUGGUAACACAGGAGCUGGAGACAAUGGAUCUGGUAACACAGGAGCUGGUAACACAGGAGCUGGAGACAAUGGAGCUGGCUCUGGUAACACAGGUGCUGGAGACAAUGGCGCUGGCUCUGGUAACACAGGAGCUGGAGGCAACGGAUCUGGUAACACAGGAGCUGGAGACAAUGGAUCUGGCUCUGGUAAUACAGGAGCUGGAGACAAUGGAUCUGGAUCUGGUAACACAGGUGCUGGAGACAAUGGCGCUGGCUCUGGUAACACAGGAGCUGGAGGCAACGGAUCUGGUAACACAGGAGCUGGAGACAAUGGAGCUGGCUCUGGUAACACAGGAGCUGGAGACAAUGGAUCUGGUAACACAGGAGCUGGUAACACAGGAGCUGGAGACAAUGGAGCUGGCUCUGGUAACACAGGUGCUGGAGACAAUGGCGCUGGCUCUGGUAACACAGGAGCUGGAGGCAACGGAUCUGGUAACACAGGAGCUGGAGACAAUGGAUCUGGCUCUGGUAAUACAGGAGCUGGAGACAAUGGAUCUGGAUCUGGUAACACAGGUGCUGGAGACAAUGGAUCUGGUAACACAGGAGCUGGUAACACAGGAGCUGGAGACAAUGGAGCUGGCUCUGGUAACACAGGAGCUGGAGACAAUGGCGCUGGAGAUAAUGGAGCUGGUAACACAGGAGCUGGAGACAAUGGAACUGGCUCUGGUAACACAGGAGCUGGAGACAACGGUGCUGGAGGCAACGGAUCUGGUAACACAGGAGCUGGUAACACUGGCGCUGGCUCUGGUAACACUGGUGCUGGAGGCAACGGAUCUGGUAACACAGGAGCUGGUAACACUGGCGCUGGUAACACUGGUGCUGGAGGCAACGGAUCUGGUAACACAGGAGCUGGUAACACUGGCGCUGGAGACAAUGGAGCUGGUUCCAAUGGCUCUGCCUCCAAUGGUGGUCCAUCUGCUCAUGAGUCGUUGCUGGCAUCACAGCCUAAAGAAUCAAGUCCUUCCAAUGUUACUACAUAUGAAGGUUCCGGUGCUGUUACUAAAGUCUCGUCGGUUACUAGUAUCAUUGUGUGCCUAGUUAUGUUGAUCGCGUUUUAG